UGCCGGAAACAGAUCGGCCAUCUUUGAUCACGUGAUCUCCGGGCAAAAAAAAACAAAACAUACGGCUAGCUCGCAACCACCAACUAAAUUACAAUGUCUAGCAUACAUAUUAACCGGUGAAUUAGCUAAUCACACGGGAAACUAAUGUUGGCCGGCUAAAAAAGCAACAUGAAUCUAAGAGGACUGUUUCAGGAUUUCAAUCCCAGUAAGUUCCUGAUCUACUCGUGUCUGCUGCUGUUCUCCGUGCUGCUGUCCUUGAGGCUGGAUGGAGUCAUCCAGUGGAGCUACUGGGCCGUGUUCACCCCGAUAUGGCUGUGGAAGCUGCUGGUCAUUAUCGGGGCCUCUGUGGGCACCGGAGUCUGGGCACACAACCCCCAGUACAGGGCCGAGGGGGAGACAUGUGUGGAGUUCAAGGCCAUGCUGAUCGCGGUGGGCCUCCACGUCCUGUUGCUGAUGUUCGAGGUGUUGGUGUGCGACCGCGUGGCGAGAGGGAACUACUUCUGGCUGCUCGUGUUCAUGCCUCUCUUCUUCGUGUCGCCCGUCUCUGUAGCAGCCUGCGUCUGGGGGUUCAGACACGACCGCUCCCUCGAGCUGGAGGUGUUGUGUUCAGUGAACAUUCUUCAGUUCAUCUUCAUCGCUCUGAGGCUGGACAGGAUCAUCAACUGGCCGUGGCUGGUGGUGUGUGUCCCACUGUGGAUCCUCAUGUCCUUCUUGUGCCUCGUCGUCCUCUACUACAUCAUCUGGUCCGUCCUCUUCCUCCGCUCCAUUGACAUCAUCGCCGAGCAGCGGCGGACCCACAUCACCAUGGCGAUCAGCUGGAUGACCAUCGUGGUGCCGCUGCUCACCUUUGAGAUCCUGCUGGUGCACAAGCUGGACGGCCACAACAGUCUGAGCUACGUGUGUGUGUUUGUGCCUCUGUGGCUCUCGCUGCUCACACUCAUGGCGACCACGUUUGGUCAGAAGGGAGGAAACCACUGGUGGUUCGGCAUCCGUAAGGACUUCUGCCACUUCCUGUUAGAGCUCCUCCCCUUCCUGCGGGAGUACGGCAAUGUGUCCUACGACCUCCAGCGCAGCGAGGACCCCGAGGCGGUCGAGGAUCUGCCCGUCCCUGAGCCACCGCCGAAGAUCGCCCCCAUGUUCCACAAGAAGACGGGCGUGGUGAUCACGCAGAGUCCGGGGAAAUACUUCGUCCCGCCUCCUAAACUCUGCAUCGACAUGCCCGACUAAACACUCGGAGCGGACGAGGCCGGGACUGAUGACGGCUGCGUUCGAGUCACGAAGCCACAACAGCAGAGGGCACUGUUUGGAUUUUAUCUGCUGUCCUGAAGGAUUCAAGUCCCCUCACCUUGAACUCAGCACCAGUGGUUCUGGUGUCAUUACGGUGAUUAGCGGAUUCAGAAUCCUCAUGUUGGUUUUGACUCCCUGCCCGACUCUGUCGAGGAUUAAAUCCUGGAACCAAAAUAAAAGACAGGACCGCUUUGUUUUUUUCACCUGCAGGUGAAGUCUCACUGUGUUACUCACUCCUGAUUUUACCCAUUGUGAAGACGGACAUUUUGGGGCAAACUGACCACAGAAGUGUCUCGAAUGAGACGUGAAGAUUUGACUCUGUGCUUUAGGUUUGACGCGUCGCUGAAUCAAAGAUGACGCUCGCCUUGCUUUUUGUGAUGGGGACCAUUGGAGAGACUCGAGCUCGGAUUUGGGAUCAGUUCACUCUUGUUGCUCCUGUUCUCACUUUUUACCACGCACGACCCAGUCGCCAAAAUAAACGUUGGCUUGUUAUGUGUCUGCAGAACAUGGAUAAGUUAAAUUUGCACGUUUUAUUCGUUUAAUGUCGAUGUUUCUACAAGACGUACCACAUGACGUGACAGCUAGACCAGACCAGCGUUUACACCUCUUUGUAACUGACAUUUAAAACCAAAAUACGGUGUUCUCGCAAACCUUAACAGAAGAAAAGUGAAGCGUUGUCCCAACAUAAAAUUGAAGGAGAUGUCGGUACAUUUUCCUGCCGGUUCUGUUGAGAUAAAUCUGGAUAUUUUUAACGAGGUGGCAGGACGUUUUCCAGCUGUUGUCACCACAAAACAAGAUAUUCUAACGACAGGUCAGGAUUUAUUUCCAGCCGUAUUUAUUAUGACAAAACUGGAUAUGUUUAACACGAUGUCGAGACAUUUUCCAGCUGCUUUUUGUUGUGAUAAAAACAUGAUCUUUUCCUGAACCUAACCAUUUAAAUACGUAGAAGAGGCGUACGUUUUAAACAUCCGAGGUCUGCAGGAACUCACAAUGCCGACAUUUAUUCUGACGACUGGGUUGCUGUGCAGGUGGAGCAAACAAGAGGAGGUGGAGUUAAAGGAAGGGCUCAGAUUCUUUUCAGGUCUGUCUUAGAACAAUAACAAUACUCACAAGCUCAUACGGACAGCGAAAGACAUCUCGUGCUGUUUUUAAGACAGACCUGAAAAGAAUCGAAGCCUCACCUUUCAAAAGAGAACAAUGGAAAUGGCACUUUGUUAACCUGUCUGACUCGUCAGCUUUUAUAUUCCUUUUGUCGUCGUCGUUUUUGUAAAUAACAGAAGUUGUCGAGUUGGGGACCAGAGUGGAAGCUUAGAGGGAGAAAAAAAAGAUUAUUCUCAAACAAUCACACACUUCUGUUUUCAUUCAUCUGUGCAGAAGUCUGCAAAUUAAAAUCAGGACAGUUUUGGUUGUAGAAAACUGGACAGUCCUCUGCUGUGUUUAAAGAUCUUUACUAUAUUGGCUUUAAGAGGUUGAAACAAUUCAAAUCCUUUUUUAUCCACAUCUGUGAGUAGACAGUUUAACUCCUCAUGUUCUCUGUUUGUCAGCACGUCACCAGAUUUCCUCCAAAAGCAAAAAAAACAAAACAAUACAAUCAUCCCGUCUCUCCUCUCAUUUUGUCUGAUUUCUGGAUGCUGCGUGUACAUUUUUUCUACAUAAUGUCCCUUUUUUUCCGAUUAAAUUGGUCUGAUUUACUCACACCUCUCCCUUUUAUGCUGCAAGUGGAACAUCAUGAGUUUCUGCUGCCAGACAUCCUCACUGUGUGUCCAUUUAUUUAUUUUAGAAUUAAACUGACACAAGAAUCAAA